AGGUGUUAGGGCAUUACAUUUGUCUUCAGUGAUGUCAUGUUAUCAUCAAAAUAGUGUAUUAAUAUUGCUAUAAGUGCAUAUUUAAGGACUACAAUGGACUACCAACACAUCUGUUUCAUUUUUACUUGCAGUUUAGUUUCUGCACGGGAUGUGAAAUAUCUACUGAAGGGUCAGGCGAUAACCUUGGGACCUUCAAAUUAUCGACAGCCAACUGAAAUAUACUGGACACGUCAUGUCUACGACAUUGUAAUUUUUGAUGGCACCAUGGAGACUGUGGCCCCUACAUACGAGAACAGAAUCCUUCUGGACAGGAACUCUGCAGUACUGACCAUCAAACAGGCCACUUAUGAAGACAGUGGAAACUAUGACCAGGAAGUCAGAGUCAACAAGAAGCUCUAUCACAAUGCGUAUAAAAUUGAGGUUAUAGACAAAGUAUCCAAACCCAACAUAAGUUGUGAGAUGAUUGACACAUACCAGGCGACGCUCGUGUGCUCAACAGAGUCCAAACAUUCUCCUUUAUUAAAGUUUAAGUGGAGAUCAGGUGGAAAUGAGCAAACUGGACCAAAUUUAACAAUAACUCUCAGGAAGUUUCUUAAUCAUCAAGUUUAUAUUUGUGAGGUCAGCAACCCUCUGACCAUUGAAAUGGCUACAAUCACUGCUAAGGACUGCUUAUCUGGCAAAUUAACUGUUGCUGAAAUGGUUGUCAUCAUCACUUCCAUUGUUGCACUCGUGUUUAUUGGGCUCUGCAUCUUUUUGGGAUUCUACAAAAAACGUCAAGCAGAAGAUGAAUAUUUACAAAAUAGAAGGAUAGAGAUGAGGUUAUACAACAUCAACAAUCCCAACGAGUUAUGGUUUUUGGACUCAUAUGACGAACUGACGACAUAUGGUAUUACAAUUAGUGCCUGCACUGACUUAUUUAGUGACACCAUAUUGUGGAUUGAAGCAGACAAUAACAACGGUGAUCCUUCAGUAUUUCUCAACCACUUCCUGGACACAGUGACUCGUAUUGGAGGUUGUCCACAGCGACUGCUGGCCAAAUCAAGUAGAGAAAAUAAACACAUCACAGAAGCGCAAACUUUCCUGCGUAGGAAUCAUACAGACUGUUAUGCUGGGGAGGACAGUGUGAAGGAUGGAUUCAGCUUGAGCCGUCACAGGUGGUUACACACAUGUACGCCAUGGAAGUUCUGUUUUGCAAAUCUCGGAGAAUUAGGACAAUUCACAGGAAACGAUUUGGACAAGAACCUCAUACAGUUCUGCUUCCUCCACAUCAUCCAGCUAGCUAGCUGCUAAGCUAGCGCGGAGAAAGGCAGCGCCGGUCAGUAAGAAGCUACUCCUACAGACCGCGACCACUUCCCUGAGGACAGCAGGAACUUCACUCGGUGACAGAAAACACUGUGAGUAAUGGCUUCCUGCGCGUCUUGCACCAUACUCACGGAGAGGUUGGCUCUGCUAGAGGGCCGUGUCCGCCAGUUAGAGCAGAGUAAUGUCGUAACUUUAGAUGUUGCGGACACAUCUGCUAGCGUUAGCUGUAGCGAGCUAACUAGCCCAGCUUGUAGCAGUCCUAAGCGGCCUACAAGCUACGGUGUACCGGUUGAGACGCAUAAUAGAUUUAGCUCUUUAGCUAGUCCUACACCCCAGUCUAUCGGGCACCACACCUUAGUUAUAGGGGACUCCAUCACCCGAAACAUAAAGCUUAGCAAACCAGCCACAAUAAAGUGUAUCCCCGGGGCCAGAGCACCUGACAUUGAAGCUAAUCUUAGGGAGCUAACUCGCAACAGGCCUAGUAAACACGUACGACAGGCUAAUCGCACCACUAAUUAUGCGAAUAUAGUUGUACACGUUGGCUCCAAUGACACUAGAAUGAGACAGUCAGAGAUUACAAAGAGAAACAUAGCCAGGACUUGUGAUCUCGCCAGAAAGAUGUCCAGGCAUCGAGUAAUUGUCUCUGGCCCCCUGGCUGCGAGAGGCAAUGAUGAGAGAUAUAGCAGAUUAGUCUCGCUUAACAAGUGGUUGGCUAGCUACUGUAGGCAGCAGGGACUAACGUUUAUUGAUAACUGGCCCUCUUUCUGGGGCAAACCAGGCUUGCUGAUGAGAGACGGCCUUCACCCUAACCAGGAAGGCGCCAUCAUCCUGUCUAGAAACAUAGACUACUAUUUAAGUCUCACUUGACUGACUACACUAGAGCAAGCCCGGUCACAGGCAAUUACAAUGUCUGUUAGUCCGGGUGAGGAGUCAGUUAAGCUAGAACUAGCCAGCGCCAGGCUGGAUAAUCCAUGUACGCAUAGCAAUUCUCUUAGAAUAAUUCACAAUUCACAUAAUGUUUUUUCUGUUGUGUCUGUGUCAGAGGUGGACAUGCAUUCUACUGAGGUGGCAAAUUAUGAUAUGUCCAGUCUAUUGCAGCACCAAGCAAACAAUCGGAAAAUUCCCGUCAUAUCAAUUCCUAGAUAUGGUCGAAACUAUUUAAAGUGCACUACGCAUAAUAAACGCAACAUUGUUAAUAUUGCCACUACGGAUAAUCUUAACAAAAACUCGUCAAAAGAGCCCAAUACCUAUAAUAUGGGCUUUUUAAACAUAAGAUCAUUGUCUCCCAAGGCGUUAUUGGUUAAUGAGGUCAUUAGAGACAACAAUCUUAACGUCAUUGGUCUUAGCGAAACCUGGCUCAAACCGGACGAAUUUUUUGCGCUCAAUGAGGCAUCUCCUCCUAACUAUACGAAUGCGCAUGUUGCCCGCCCUCUUAAAAGGGGAGGGGGUGUCGCACUAAUAUACAAUGAAAAUUUCAACCUUACCCCUAACCUAAAUAAUAAAUAUAAAUCGUUUGAGGUGCUUACUAUGAGGUCUGUCACACCGCUACCUCUCGACCUGGCUGUUAUCUACCGCCCCCCUGGGCCCUAUUCGGACUUUAUCAGUGAAUUCUCAGAGUUCGUUGCUGAUCUAGUGACGCACGCCGACAAUAUAAUCAUAAUGGGGGACUUUAAUAUCCAUAUGAAUACCCCAUCGGACCCUCAGUGCGUGGCGCUCCAAACCAUAAUUGAUAGCUGUGGUCUUACACAAAUAAUACAUGAACCCACGCAUCGCAACGGUAAUACAAUAGAUCUAGUGCUUGUCAGGGGUGUCACCACCUCCAAAGUUAUGAUACUUCCAUAUACUAAAGUAAUGUCCGAUCAUUACCUUAUAAAAUUUGAAGUUUUGACUCUUUGUCAACAAGCUAAUAAUAAUAAUAACUGCUAUAGCGGCCGCAACAUUAAUGCUGCCACAACGAUGACUCUUGCUGACCUACUGCCUUCGGUAAUAGCACCAUUCCCAAAUUAUGUCGGCUCUAUUGAUAAACUCACUAACAACUUUGACGAUGCCUUGCGCAAAAUUAUUGAUAGUAUAGCACCGCUAAAGCAAAAAAGGGCCCCUAAAAGGCGCACCCCAUGG